AUGGAGAAAACUUCCCUCAAGCUUGUAUUCUUGUUCUCCCUCACAAUCAUAGUACUUUGUUCUUCUUUGAGUGAUGCAAGAGAGAUGGCCAAAGAAGAAGUGAACUGCCUCGGCGGAUGUCCUGAUGGAGCGAAGAACUGUAACUGCAUGCCAACACCUACAAUGGACAGUCAUGAGACCAAUGCAUCUUGCCGAAGAGACAGCGAAUGCAUCAAGUUCUGUCCUAAGGGCUGCAAGAUUGUUAACUGUAAUUUUGGAACCUGUUUCUGUGAGUGUUAA